GAAGAACUUCGCAAAAGACUCGAAGCGCACAAAGUCUGUCAGUGUGUCGAGCAACACAAAGGCAACGAGAGGCACAAUUCCGACAGGCGCUUCGAGCGGUCCCCGACGCGGAAGCGCUUCGACCUGUUUGCCGAAUGCGGAAGUAGUUUGCGCGUAUUCCGGAUCGCCGGAAGGCUCGCGAGGACAAAGUGCACACGAGGGCUGCGAAGCGCAUGUGGAAUACACGCCGUGAACGGCUUUGCGUAACUUGUGACUGCACUAUGAUGACUCGUCAAGAUGAAAUGAUUGUCAAGAAAUGAAUUUGUAAACAAUAAAGGGCAACUUUAAAACUGCUGACGCCCACCUCAUGUUUUCGUGGCUCUCGUGUCAGUGCUCAUUGUGGAAUGUGGAAGGAAUACUUCGUCAGAAGUUCCUGUUUUGAAUUCAAUUAGGAGAAGAAGAAGAAGAACCGAGCGCAACAAAGUGGAAGUGUGGCGGCAACCGUCUUCCAGUCGAGAUCUUCAAUUAUUGUGAAGACAAACAAAGCAGCUUGAAGGAAACGAGACAGACAGAAUAAAAACGGUGACAUAAAAGUACGCUUUAACACACACAAGAAGAUAAGAAGAGCUUCUGUUUGGCGCAGAGUGAGGCAUUUUCGCAACUGUGUGUUGCCGCAAUGCAUGUUUUUGCACGCGUGUGGUGAAUUGGAUCGUUUGUCUGAGGUAUAAAUAAUGACACGAACAGGGAACAGGGACGUGUACUGCUUGUCGAGCUCAGAGUGAGACCUCUUCCGCCGGUGCUCAUCUCUGCGGCACGUCACGGGGAAUUUCCCGAAGGGAAGCAAAUCAACGUUUGGUGCUGGGAAUUCUUGUUUGGAUUUAACUUUUCAACGAAGAACCAGUAAAGCCAGUGUGUGACGGCUGCCUGCUCCUCAUUCCGAGAACUAUCUUUGAGCUUCGUGUUGAGGAUGAUGACGACGACGACGCCGCCGCCGCCGCCGCCGCUUGUGUCCGUCAAGUCGCAUCAACUGGCGAAUUCCAACAAAUGAAAUGAAUCAAGUGAGGCCGGUGAAGGAGCGGCGCCGAAUGUAAAAGAAUACAAUUCAUUUCGACAAACCCAUUGAAGUGAUUUGAUUUCAAUAUUUUUUUGCAGUAUGGCGGGAGACGAGCACUUCCUUCCUGUCAGCAGUCAGAUCCUGGACACGCUGAUCAUGGACCCCUCGUGGGACUUCGCGCGAUUCCCCGCGCCCCCGAGGACGGGCGAUGACGUCGCUUCCUCCCGCACGGGAAGUCGUGUACAGUCGAGCCCCGUUUAUUGCAGGGCCGGGGGGGAUGGCCCUUUCCUGCAAAUCCUGGAGCAGCCCAAACAGCGAGGCUUCCGGUUCCGUUACGGCUGCGAGGGUCCGUCCCACGGCGGCCUGCCGGGAGCGUCCAGCGAGAAGAACAAGAAGACGUAUCCUGCCGUCAGGAUCUGCAACUACCAGGGUCCGGCCCGCGUGGUGGUCCAGCUGGUGACCGCGCUGACGCCUGUGCCCCAGCUGCACGCCCACAGUCUGGUGGGCAAGCAGUGCGACAAGGGCGUCUGCAUCGUCGACGUGGCCCCGAAAGACGCCGACGUCGCCUUCCCCAACUUGGGCAUCCAGCACGUGACCAAGAAGAACGUGGCCAAGACGUUGGAGGAGCGCAUGGCCGAGGCCGUCCGGAUGGGCUACAACUUCGGGGCGGCCGUCCACCCGGACCUGGACCGCCCGCGGGGCGAGACCCGCGUGCCCCGGCAACUCACAGAGCACCAGCGGGGCGUGAUCAGCAGCGCGGCGUGUGCGCAGGCCAAGGAGAUGGACCUGAGCGUGGUGCGCCUCAUGUUCACCGCCUUCCUCCCCGACAGCGACGGCGGCUUCACCAGGAGACUCCAGCCCGUCGUGUCGCAGCCCAUCUACGACAGCAAGGCCCCAAACGCAUCCAACCUGAAGAUCGUCAGGAUGGAUCGGACGGCCGGCUGCGUGAGCGGCGGAGAGGAAGUCUACCUCCUGUGUGACAAAGUCCAGAAAGACGACAUUCAGGUGCGCUUCUUCGAGGAAGACGACUCUGGCCCGACCUGGGAAGCCCUGGGGGAUUUCUCGCCCACGGACGUGCACAGACAAUUCGCCAUCGUGUUCAAGACGCCCAAGUAUCGAGACCAGAACCUGCAGAAGCCCACGUCGGUGUUCGUGCAGCUCAAGAGGAAGUCGGACAACGAGACCAGCGAGCCCAAACCCUUCACGUACCACCCGCAGAUCAUCGACAAAGAGGAAGUGCAGAGGAAGCGUCAGAAGACUUUGCCCAACUUCCAGGACUUCAGCGGUCACGGAGGAGGAGGAGGAGGAAGUUUGUACCGAGGGGGCCCCCCAGCACCCCCGGGAGCAGGAGGAGGACCGGGCUCAGCUGGAGGAGGCUACUUCCAGGGUUUCUCCACCUUCAACUACGGGAGAGGAAUGGGAGACGGCCCUUGUCCCAGCGGGUACUCGACAGGUCUCGGAGAAGGCGGAGUCAAACGCGAAGGUUCUCCCGGCGACUCUGCGGACGACGACCCCGAUGACGACACCGCGGCCUGCGCUGCGCUGCGGCCAGAGUUGUCGUGCGAAGACGACGACGCGUUGACCGGCGGGGACGCGUCGGCCGUCUUGCUGUACGCCGCCACGGGCGACGCCGCGUACCUGCUAGCCCUCCGGCGCCCCCUGAUUGCGGCACAGGACGAAGACGGAGACACUGGACUCCACCUGGCCGUCCUCCACAGACAGCAGGGGGCGCUGGCCAGUCUGACGCGGGUGCUCGCUGCUCUGCCGGGAGACGGACUUGCGGACGCGAGGAACCAUCUCUACCAGACUCCUUUGCACCUGGCGGUGAUCACGUGGCAGACUGCGGCCGCGUCGGCGCUGCUGGCCGCCGGGGCGGACCCGACGUUGACCGAUCGCCACGGCAACACGCCGCUGCACCUGGCGGCGCAGCAGGGAGGGGCCAUGGUGCGCUUGUUGCUACAUCACCGUGAGGUCAGAGGAAGCGUGGACGCCUGCAACACUGCAGGUAUGUGCGCCAUCCACCUAUCGGUGGUGGCCAAGCAGCUGCCGUCUCUGCGAGAGCUUCUGGAGGGCGGGGCUGACGUAGAGGCUCAGGAGCGGGGCGGCGGGAGGACCGCCCUGCACCUCGCCACCGAGGCCGACAACGUGUCGCUCGCCGGCUGCUUGCUGCUCGAGGGCAACGCCAAGGUGGACUGCUGCACCUUUAAUGGCUCCACCCCCCUGCACAUUGCCGCUGGGCGGGGCUCCGUCAAGCUUACGGCGCUACUCAUGGCUGCAGGUGCAGACCCUCACAAGGAGAACCUGGAGCCUCUAUUCUUCAAGGAAGAGGAUGAAGAGGAAGACGAGGGCUACGUUCCCGGGACCAGCCCCAUCAACAUGGCCGCCUCUGAGCAGGUGUUGGAGCUUCUAAGCGGUAAGGAGUACCGUCCCAAAUGUCUCAGCGUGGCUCUUUCGCCUCAGGGUGAGUUCGCAGAGGGGCCGCGGCGUUUUCGCGGAGGCCGAACACGCGUGAUGUGUUUUUUUUUGGGUGCAGGCGACAUGUCGAGCCUCGGCGCCCAAGUGAAGACGGCGCUGUGCCGCGCUCUGGCGAGUGAAGCGUGCUGGGAGAAGCUGGCUCACGCUUUGGGUCUGGGAAUCCUCAACGCUACCUUCAGACUCAGCCCGGACCCCGUCAAGACCCUCGUGGAAAGCUAUGAGGUGUCCGGCGGUACGGGACGAAACCUCUUGGCCGCUCUGAGAUCAGUCGGGUCGUCCAGGGCGCUGAGCGUCCUGGAGGAGGCGCUGAGUCGCCACGACGACAAGCACAACCGGACGACGGGUGGCGACGGCGUGGUUUGCCCUCAGAUGGCCGACCUCGAGGCGGAUGCCGGACGUGCGGACGAAUGUUUGGACAGCGGCGCGUGCGACAGCGGGGUGGAGUUUUCCGCCACAUGAUUGGCCGUUCCUCAUCGUGAACCUCCCGACCUCCCCGACUGCCUCCACCGCAAGACCAAUUUCAGGGCCGGGACGCGUUAGUCCCCCCCGGGCAGGAAUUGCAACUUGAAAUACAGACAAAGAAGUAAGCGCGUGCACACGCACACACACAUGCAAAUGCAGAAAUCUGGAAGCUGUCAACAUGUUCCAACUGCUCCACCCCUUUGGACCGGACGGCUGCACAUACGUACGUGUCGGCGUUCAUAGCUGUUGGCAUUUGUACGCGCUCACCUUGCUGCCUAUACAGGAAGUAAACCAAACAGAACCUCCUUCAAAUCCGAAAUACAAGCGCUCCGAAGAUACGGACUUGAACUGCUUGACUGCUUUGGACCGGACAGCCGCACGCGCCGUCAUACGUGACGGCCUCCCGUUCCCGUGUCGGCACCCUUGACAUCCAAACGGGGAGUCACCUGGCAGGCACUCCUUGACACACAAACAACUUCUGGACUUCAUCAAGUGCUCGACUACUUUGGACUUGAUCAGAAAUCUUGCAAGAAAAAGCAUGUUGACCCUUUGGUAUGAUGUGGAUUUGGGCACAAUUGGUCAUAAAACGUGAUCUGAGCUUGACCUAAGUCGCAACAUUCGACAUGUCCAUAUAUGACUUCAGGUGGUUCCUCUGUUGCCUCAGCCGUCCGUCUUCUAAGCUUCAGUUGGCAGACAGAUGCUCGUCAGUUGUUGCAAAACAUUUCAUUUUCCCCUGGAUGAUAGCCAUGCGUCCAGGCCCUGACGACAGAAGCUGCCCCAAACCAUGAUGCUUUUCCACCAUACUUGGCAGCGUUUCACGAUGUGGGCGUGUUGUGUCUUCAACUUCGGUUUCAUAUGUCCACACAGUAGUUUGCCAGUAACUCUGAAGCAUCCAAAUGCAAACUUCAAACCUCAAGCAAUAUAAUUUUUUUUACCACGAUGUCUCAAAUCCGCCAAUUCCAUCUAAUCUUCUUUCAUGUUUAUCGUACAUUUGUGAGCACUCACCUCGUUGUCAUCUGGCGUUCUGCACGGCGCGCUUGCAGUGGUCUUUACGGGACGGUGACGCUUGUGGAGAGUAGCAACAGGAAGGACUUCCAUACUUUCUGCAGUUUUGCUCGUAUUGUGUGGUGUGCGCCGAUAAUCUCGACACAGAAAGAUUCUGCUCCACCGCAGAUCUACAAACAAGUCCACGGAGGCUAAGAUCUUGAGUGAUCACACGUGAUCUCACAAAACCAAAGAAGGGGAAAAAUACACAAAACCACGUGAGAUAAGACAUGUUCGUGUUUAUUUAUCGCCGUGUCCUUGUUACUCGUCAGGUCGCUUCCUUUAUUGGCUACAUUCCGUUUCCACGUCACAAUUCACCGAUUUGUGUUUUUAGUCAUAAAUAGUGACCAUGCGCAAAUAUUUUCGAUUGUCGGCACCGACCCGUUUGGGAGGUAACCCCUAACCUAAGAAGAAUCUUGUAGGAUCAUCUCCUAAAACGUGAUAUUGUCUGGCGUUUGCCAUCCUCGGGCGGGAAGGAGCGAAAUCUGGCCGGUUGCCCGCAUGCGUGUGCCUCGGAUGACGAUCACGUGACAUUUUCCGACCGAUUGCCGGCCAAAUGCGGCUCCCGCCGAAGGGUCGGCACGCUUUAUCUUGCACCGGGUGAUUGUCCGACUCCUGUUGUCGUUGAAUUUGCUCCACGUGGCCCCUUGAAGCCUAAACGGGAAGUGUGCGGAUUGACUUUGAACACUUCCUUUUCGCUCUUCUGUCCUCAACUGGAGCUUCAGCUUCAACUCGUGUGACCUUGUGCAAAGGAUGCUUGAUUCUAUUGAUUUUAUUUAUCUGGACAUUUGAGGAAUAAAGUUUUUUUUAUACUUUGGUGACAAGCAUCA